UUAUGGACAUCUACUAUAUAUUAGUUACAAUCAUAGGAUUUUCGGUCUGUAAAGCCGACUCUAAUAUAACUUGCGGCUGCUUGAUGCACGCUGAAGAGUGGGAAAGUGAAAAUACCUACGACUGUUCCAAUCAGACCAGUACACCAGAUUUUAAAUGUCUAUCGGAAUUGAAGCCGAACAUCUUAAAACUAAAAGACAAUAAAUAUGGCUCCCCACCGAGUGAACUAUUGCAGUACGAUUUCAGCAACUUGACAUACAUAGACCUUUCAUAUAAUGAAAUAACUGAAAUGCCUGAUGACUGGGUCAGGCACUUUCCCAGCAUAAGGAAAAUCAACCUGGACCACAAUCGAUUGCUUAAUGCACUUGAGUUAAUAGAGAAGUAUGCAAAUAUCAAUAUCCCCGUACACUACAACCCAAUCAUCUGUGAUUGCGAACAGUGCUCAACGCCGAUCCUGAAAAUUGCAAAUAAUCAUAGACAGACAAUAACGUGCAGCAAUGGAGAUAAACCAAUAUCAUUCUUCGCACACUGUGCAAAAUGCAGCCUACCGGAUAAUACGGAUAAAUUCAGAAAGGACUGGCAUAUGGCCGGACUUUUAAUAAUAAUAAUAAUAAUAAUAAUAGUGAUAAUAAUAGUGAUAAUACGGUACUGGCGACUCUCG